CUCCUCUAAAAAAAAAGAAAAAACGUAAUUCGUAUGUGAUUUUAUUUCACUUUAAAUCAUAAAAAAAAAAUUAAAUUGGUUUAGAUUUUAAAGUACUAAAAUCUAAAAUUUCUACUCUGCAGUAUAAAUUUUUAAGGGUAUAUGGAUAUUGAAUUUUAGACCCGGGAUGUCCGGGUCCGGAGUACGGAUCAGUUGCAAAACCACUUAACUUCGUUUUCCCCCUAAUUUUGCUUAAGCGAUAAGAACUUCAGAAGGAUUAGUAUCUUAAUGAUAACAAUAAUCCUAAUUAAAUUUGGAUUUAGAGUCUCUUUUUUUCUCUCUUACCCCGACGAGUUCCAACAAUGAAAUAAAAAAUAAAUCCAGGAGUGAGAGAAAUAUCAGAGCUCAAAACCCUGUUAACCCUUUUCUUAAUAAUUUCUUGAUUAGUAAGCAAAAGAUUCAAUUACCAUUAUUUUGGGGUUUACGAGCUUUUCUUAGCUAGCAGGGUUUCUUCUUACUGUACAUUAAGCCCUUCUCCAAAUUCGAUCUCCGCAGCUCUCUUGAGCAUUGGGGGUUUAAGAAGAAUUGGGUGCAAACUUUAGGCUGUAAUUAAUGAGGUCCGGUGCUUUGAGAAGGCGGCUUCAUCAUGGGGAUGUUGGUGGAGGAAGGAAUGAGAAUUAUGAUACGACUAGUUUAGAUGGUUUAGAUGAACCUUUGUUAGGGAAUCACUAUAAUGAUGACAAACAUUCUGAGGUGCAAACGCUAGAGGAAAUUAGGGACGAAGAGCGAAGGAAGGAACAUUUACAUUGGAUGUUUUUGUUCUCUAACCUGAUCACGCAAUGGGCACAGUGGAUAGCAAACAUUAUCCUUGGAUCUGGAUCAUUUAUCGCACAACUUUUACCUCUACCUUCUAACACCCAAAGUGGACUAAAUCAGAAACUUAUUGUGCCUCCUCUUAGUCCUUUACAGGAAGAAAGGCUGAGAAAUCUACAACAAAGACUGGGAGUCCCCUUUGAUGGAUCUUUGGUGGAGCAUCAAGAUGCUCUUAAGCAGUUAUGGAGAUUGGCUUACCUGAACAGGGAGCUUCCAUCUCUUAAAUCAGAGCUUUGGAAGGACAUGGGAUGGCAAGGGUCUGACCCUUCAACGGAUUUUCGGGGUGGAGGAUUCAUAUCAUUGGAGAAUCUCAUCUUUUUUGCCAAGAAAUAUCCGGAAUCUUUCCAGAGGUUGUUGCACAAACAAGAUGGCAACAGAGCUGAAUGGGAAUAUCCAUUUGCUGUAGCCGGCAUCAAUAUUUCUUUUAUGUUGGUACAGAUGUUGGAUCUGCAAUCAGGGAAACCAUCUUCAGUGGCUGGAGUUCGAUUUUUGGAACUACUUAAGGAAGAUGAAAUGGCUUUCGACAAUCUUUAUUGUGUGGCCUUUCAGAUGAUGGAUGCACAAUGGCUUGUGAAACGGGCUUCAUACAUGGAAUUCAAUGAUGUUCUGAAGUCUACAAGAACACAGUUAGAGCGAGAGCUCUCACUUGAAGAUGUCUCCAGUGUGAAAGAUUUACCAGCAUAUAAUCUGUUGAGAAGGUAAAUAUGAUCUUGGAAUCCAAAGUAGA